AUGCUGGUUGUGACGUCACGCGCAGUGUACGAGCUGAUGCGAACCCACGCGCUCCAGUCCCAGUUUAACCCAUGUGUGUCACGUGAUCGAGUCCCAAAGCACGUGACCAUAACAAACAUCAUGGCUACGGCGGUUCAGUGCUCAGCGGGGCUGAUGGCUAGAGCAGGACUGAAAGGUUUCCUGCAAAGAGUUUGUUGUCUGGGAAGCUGUGGUACCCCCACAGCCUGCUUAUGUCAACAAUAUCGCCGCUUCUUCUGGAGAAAGUGGAAAAAUUCUCAUAAUGUAGUUCGUCCAGCUACAGUUCGACCUUCCUACGCUAUUCCUAAGCACAUUGUCCGACCUGAUUAUGUUGGUACUGGGCUGGUCCCAGAAUGGCCUGACUACAUAGAGAUAAAAAACCAAGAGCAAAUCGAAGGCCUCACCAGGGCGUGCCAGCUAGCCAGACAUGUGCUGCUACUAGCUGGAUGCAGCGUGAAAGCUGGCAUGACCACGGACGAGAUAGACUUUAUUGUGCACCAGGAGACGAUAAAGCACAAUGCUUACCCUUCCCCUCUCAGAUAUGGGGGAUUCCCCAAGUCGGUGUGUACAUCUGUGAACAAUGUGGUCUGUCAUGGCAUACCCGACAGCCGGAAACUUGAGGAUGGGGACAUCAUCAACAUUGAUGUCACAGUGUAUUUGGAAGGUUACCAUGGGGACACUUCAGAAACCUUCUUGAUUGGGCAGGUGGAUGAGAUUGGGCAGCGAUUGGUAGAGACUGCCAGGCGUUGCAGGGAUGAGGCCAUUGCUGUGUGCAAGCCAGGCACACAGCUCUGUGUUAUAGGGAACACAAUAAGCGAAAUAGCCCAAGCCAGUGGCUUUGAAGUGUGCCCCUAUUUUAUUGGGCAUGGAAUUGGCUCUUACUUUCAUGGGCAUCCUGAAAUUUGGCACCACGAGCCCAUACUGAUGGAGGGGUCUGCAGAGUUUAGAAUCCUUAAGGACAAGUGGACUGCUGUGUCGGUGGAUGAUAAAAGGUCGGCUCAGUUUGAACACACGGUGCUCAUCACAGCUGACGGAGUGGAGAUUUUAACCAAACUACCUGAAGAGAAUGGUCUGGGACAUGACAGUUAAUCAAAUGAGGAUUCAAACUAGUUUGGUGAAAUAAAACAAUACAAAGCAAAACUGGACUAAUGGUUUUACAAGGGGAUCCUCCACAACUAUGCUUGUCUUUCAAAGUAAACUUUGUUUUCCUGAUAACCCUUGUCUUUGGCAAUGACUACACAUUUUGUAUUGUUGUACAAUCCCAAAAUUGAUUGUAAUAUUUUUUUCUUAUUUUUUCAGUAAUGAAUUCUUUUUUAAAAUACUUUAUUUUACAAGGUAAAAAUUAUUUGAACAGUAACCAUCUACAUGCCAAUAAUCUCUGAUACAGAGCACUGAAAUGACCAUUUACUCAUCAGCAGCCCAAAAUAAAAAAUAAAUAGCCGAUAAAAUCCCAGAAACAUAUUGAAGCAUUUUUGGUACGGCAUUGGAUAAGGAAAACAAACAAAUAUUUUUUAGAAAGAAUACAGGUUAAAUCAGUGAGACAUUGUGUUAUGGUGUCCAGUAGAUGUCACAAUACUACACAAUACCUACAUCACGUCUAACAUCAUUUUCCAGAGGGAAGGACAUUCAUUCUGAAUUUAUUAAUUUCCCACUAAAAUUACAGAUAACUCAUUUGUAAUCACAGUAUAGAAGUCCAUCAUACUGAUUAAGAAGGUGUCACAAUGACAGUAAUUGAGACAACAUCAUUCAACCACGUAUAAAGUAAUAUUGUUAUUAAGCCUGUAUGAUACUUGAAUUCAUUUGCUAGAUAUCAUUGUUUUUUAAGGUGGUACAUGGCGCUUCAGAUGUAAAUUUCAGGCACAGCAACAUCAUAAGCACUGUACUGCUUCACCACAAUCUUUGAGAUGAUGUCUGUAGAUGAUGUCGUAAAGAGCAGAACAGGAGAAUAUUGCUGCUCAUACGACAUUCUUGCUACAGGUAAGAUAGAAAUAAAUUUGGUAAAAGGAACUUGAAGUAAAUAUGUGUUAUUUGAAUAAAUCUUCCCAGUAUUUGUUUAUAAUACGCAAAUACAUUUAAUUUGAUUGUUUAUUAAUUAAUUAAACUCCAGCAAUGUAACUUGGGAGGCUUGGUGAGUUCAAUGUGCAUCAUGUGAUUAAAAAAAGAGACUUAUUGGAUUUGAGCCCACAGCAGGCUCUGUGUUUUCUCUUUCCUCCAACUUGCUCUUUGAGUAGUCAUGCCAAAAACUCGUUUGUGGGCGAAGCACCACGGAUAUGGCAAAUAAAGGUGGGUCAGCUAAUUUGGAGUCUGGAGUCUGGUCACAUCCAGCCAGGAAAUGGUUCAUGUAUUCAAUUCAAUUAACUGCUCAACAUUAAAAAACAAGA